CAGCACUCCCCAGUCCCCAGUCCCCAGUCCGGCAGUCCCCACUUAAAUCCAUUUCUCAUUCUCUCCCGUCACUUUUACACGCACACAUAUAUCGCUGUUGCUUCCCCGAACUUCCCACCUCCCUCUCUCCCCCUCUCUCUCUCUCUCUCUUUCUGUUUCUCUUUCUUCCCCUCUCUCCUCCCUCCCUCUUUCGCUCACACACAUCGUUAGCUCAUCGUUCAAUGCGCUAAACUCCUCGAUGUCUCCGCCGUCCGCUGACUUCCGUUGCGAUUGCUCACCACCUGCCGGCGACGACUCAGAAUCCAUCGAUCGGAACUGCUCGCAUUGCGGAGGAUCGAAUAAUCCAGUUCUCCGGACAUCUUCAUCUGCCGCGUCGUUACUCAGCUUCGAUUCAGUUCCAGUAAAGUAUUACGAUAAGCGAUUGAGAAUCAUACAUGCUGCUAUUAAAGGAUUCACUAUUGGAGCUGGUAUUAAAGGCGGAUUGGCUCUCUUCUCCAUCCUAGCUCGCUUUCGUCGCAGACAAUCUCUCAGUCUCGUCAAGAAGGUUGGAAUGGCCACAGGUGGCGAGGAUGUGAUUUUAGCUGUAAAAGAAACUCUGAGAUACGGUCUCUUUCUCGGAACUUAUGCCGGUACUUUUGUUUCAGUAGAUGAGCUGAUUGCUGCAAUUGGAGGCCACCACAGGACAGCAAGGUGGAGAGCUUUGCUAGCAGGGGCGAUAGCUGGGCCUUCAAUGCUUUUAACUGGAUUAGAAACAGAACAUACAAGCUUGGCAAUUUACAUUUUGAUGCGUGCUGCUGUCCUAGCAUCACGAUGUGGAAUUAAGAGCAAGAGAUUCGGGAGAGUUUGCAAACCUCUUACUUGGGCUCAUGGAGACAUUUUGCUCAUGUGUUUAGCCUCUUCCCAGAUUUUGUCUGCAUACAUAUUAAAGCAGGACAGUUUACCUCCAUCAUACAAAUCCUUUCUUAAUAAACAUGGAGGAAAGGCUGCAGUUAUUUUGCGAGGAGUUAAAGAACUUGCUUGUGGCAUGCCUUGUACAGAGUUGGAAAUGGUAGAGAAGCAUUACAAGACCAUGGGAGUCGACAUUAAGCUAGAUCCACAAAUGAAGGUUCCUUGCUCGAUCAUACAUGGAAAUCAGUCAUGCGGUGGGCAUUUUGUUUCAUUUAUUAUAGAAGCCUACAAAAGGGCGUUGCCAGUUUAUCUUCCGGUCUAUCUGAUUCCUGCACUUAUAGUACAUCGUCAAGGCCUUGCGGAAAGACCUUACACAAUCUUGGGGAAAGGUCUUUUUGGUACUGCAAGAUCAAGCUUGUUUCUGUCUGUUUAUUGUUCCUCUGCCUGGUUAUGGACAUGCUUCUGCUUCAGGCUCCUUGAAAGAUGCAACAUUCCCAUGGUGGCGAUAGCCACGUUUCCAACUGGUAUGGCCUUGGCAAUUGAAAAGAAGAGUAGGCGGAUAGAGAUAUCGCUUUACUGUCUUGCACGAGCCAUCGAAAGCUUCUUCACAUGCAUGGCUGACAUUGGAUAUUUACCAGCACAGUCGAAGAAACUAAAAAGAGCUGAUGUGGUGGUUUUUAGCAUUUCAACAGCAAUCAUAAUGCAUUGCUAUGCGAUGGAGAGGGAUGUCUUUCGAUCAAAGUACCUCAAUGUUCUUGACUGGGUUUUUGGUGUGCCACUUCCUCUAGAUGAAGCAACCCCACGCAAGGGUAGAUAAAAGUAGAGGGGACUAAGCUGAGCAGAGAAUACUAGGACCUGCAGAAAGUCCUCACGUAAGUUUGAUUCACAUGGCCAAGAAAUGAUGGGGUUGAAAUGGUGAAGCUAAGAAGGAUUAAGAUGUCGUUGAAUGAUUAUUGAUGCUUGCAAAAAGCACAUGGCCGAAAUCUUUUGUGCACACGUUCACAUUUUAGAGUGCACAUAAGAACAGGGAAUUUUGAAUUUAUUUUACCUUCCAUUUAUAUAGGUUUUACAAAGGUUAUUUUCACUUCCGACCAAUGGCUAGAUUGUUGUAAUGUCUAUUAUUUGAGGAGGAACAAGGUAGAGGAAAAUUAGGAUUAAAUGUAAUACUUACAAUUAAUAGACUUAGUGGUUGACUAUACUGCA